AUGUCAGACCAGUCAAAGCGGUUGCUCAAGAGAGGGGAAGAAGACGGGACACCGGGGAGUAGAGAGUUGCGUCUCUUGGCUGGUAUAUCAUUCAGAAGUCAAAUAUUUGCGGAGCCGAUCUUCAGAAGAUUAAUCCCCUCCCCGAAGCAACUUGGGAUUCUUAAGAUUAAAACGCAAAACGAAGUUCUGGUAACUAAGAAAGAAGAUGACAACUCCGCACUUCAGUCGAAGGAUUCUCUGUCGGAAUUAGACGACCUAUCCGCAGGCGUAUCAUUUGACACAGAGCUGAUUUUUGCAAGGUUUUCACUGGUGCGUGGCUCUGUUGGCUUUCAUGUGGUAGUUAGACAAAAACAGAAAUAG